ACCUCGAGUACUUGCUUGUUUGAGACCGUUUGACUUCCCCACGAGGCCGUCAAACGCUCUUACAUCAUUUCUUGCAUCAUUGUCUUUUUCCUUUCGGAUCAAGAUCAGAGAUGUUCCAUGUCUCAAGUGCGCAUCCUAUCACACUUUCAUAAAACAAACCGAAUCGUUGUAUUUCUCGACAGCGCAAGGCAAUUCCCCUGAUAGUCGGCUGUGGUCGGUAACCUUUCCAGUAGUUGGGCUGGUUGUAUCGUCCUUUGAACUCUAUCCACCAGCGCCACUUUAUCAUGGCUAAGAAAGAGCGAGACAACAGAAUAAAGAUAUCAGUCCCAGACGCAGGCUACCUCUCGGACGAAUCUGACUUUUACGGUAAAAAUUCGACUCCUAACAGAUUCGAUUCCAAGACCUAGACUAACAUGAAGACCUCGUCAGGUGAUGAAGCGACGAAGCAAGAGCUAGAAGAGCGGAUUGAUGAUUGCGAUUUUCGGGAAUGGGCCGAAAACCAUGGCCGGUCUCUUGAGGAAAUCGCUGAUGCCAAUUUGGAACUCAGAAAGGGUCAGAAAGAGGAGAAGUUCUCCAAUCCAUAUGAAGGUCUUUCCUGUGGCCGUCAACUUGGAGAGCCGGUCGAGGAUUUCUUGAAGCGCCUUCCGCCGUCCAGAACACCUGCGAGCCAAGAAAUUCCCUGGAUUUUUGUCGCCAAUCCCUAUCGCAAGGUCGAGAAAAAGAUAAAAGAGGGGAAUGAUAAAGACCUGGUGGUUGAAGGACCUCUAGAGGACGAGAGCCAAUGGAACAGAUUCGUUGCGCGUGGUAAUCAAUUAUUGGAGAAGCUGAUGGUGGUAAGAAACGAAAUCGAAAAGGAUAUGUUUGGUAGAGCCAAGAGUACGAUUACGAAAGCCAUCAACAUCGAAAAAGACAAGAUUGUGAAGCAAAUCCUUGAUACGGCUGUUGAGUUCCAUUGUACUUCUGGCAAGGUAGUCCACCACCACUUGUCAUGGUUCAUCUUAUUUUCAAGAACAUAUCAAGCUGACAAGAUUAAUAGUGGAUGAUCUUUUGUGACCAAGUGGAAGUCAACGAGGUCUGGUCAGUAGUAGCCAGGGUAACAAUCAACAACGAGCUCGGAAUUGCUGCAAAAGUCGCCCCAUUUGAUGGUGAUAUAAAAAAGUCAAGGCUUAUGUGCAUCUAUACGAAAGAUUUCACUGACAUGGAAGACGUGAACCGAGUCGUCCAAAAGCUCAAGAGUCUCGGUCUGGUUGUGUUGAAAGGAAAACCAAUCUACUACAAAUGUGGUAUGUAAACUGACACCUUUCUACUUUUGGUAUGCUGACCAAUUCCCCUGAAAGAUGCAUAUACCUACCUUGGAAUCAGUUCGAACAACGAGUACAAUAUCAAAGCCUCGCUAUUCGAUUCUCGGGAUUUCUUGAAAAGCAAGACACAGCUAGCCAAAGAGGGGAAGAACGGAAAGAUUAACAAUUUCUUCUACAAGAAGAAGGAACCUGGUAAUGACUGGGAACGCAUGGACUGUGAAUAAUUGCUUCUCUGUACUCAUUUUGUAAGAUCACAUAUGGUUUCGACUUUUGCUGGAGCGUACGGAUGCCCAAUCAUUAGCAUGUAAUAGAUGGCGCAAUCAAUUGCUGGGAUUUUAGGGUUAUGUAAGGGGUGCUGGGGAACUACUAGUAGUCUACUAGCCAUACAGAGCAGACAAUCAUUGGGAGGCCCAAUAUCCAGCAGAAUUGUGAUCUCGAUCACACAACAUCUCAAUAUUUUGUGUUUGGCGAA